AUCAGGUCUACCAGGGGGCACAGAUGACCGGAAGCGGGCCCGGGAGGAGCUGCUAGUCCUAGCCUAGAGCUGGUAGGAUAGCGUGAGGAAGGCGGGACGCAGGGCGGAGCUGCUGCAGGGGCGGGGUCUGCGGGCAGGCGCCGGGGGUUGGGGCGGGAACCCCUAGUCCCCUCCAGACCCCGCCUGCUCGGGCGCCGGCCGCGGCGCGGCAAUGAAGCUGAAGCUGAAGAACGUGUUUCUCGCCUACUUCCUGGUGUCGAUCGCCGGCCUCCUCUACGCGCUGGUACAGCUCGGUCUUAGCUCAAAUGUCACCUCCUCAGAGAGGCCUUCCCUGAACACCGUAGCUAAAGUUACCGUUCAUAUUCCAUUCCCUUUUAUUCUCUAUCCUGGUUAUUUUCUUCAUGGCCCCAUCACGGUUUGUAAUAAUUUUAUUAAUUUGUUUCUUGGCUUAGUGUUUGCUUCCUCCACUAAACUGAGAGCUGCAAGAAAGAGGGAGUUUAGGCAUUGGUUGGGAAAGACCACGGGAGAUACAGGCAGUGGCCCAGGUGAAGCUGUCUGCUCUAGCUGGAGUGGGCAAAUGGUGCCUACCCUUUUCCCUCAUGCUGCAUCUCUCCCCUGCAGGCUGGUACAGAAGGCAGAGCUGGUACGGCUGUCCCAGACACUGAGCCUGGUGCCCCGGCUACAUUGGCUGCUGGUGGAGGACGCUGAGGGUCCCACCCCACUGGUCUCAGGGCUGCUGGCUGCCUCUGGCCUUCUCUUCACACACCUGGUGGUCCUCACGCCCAAAGCCCAGCGGCUUCGGGAGGGCGAGCCUGGCUGGGUUCAUCCCCGUGGUGUAGAGCAGCGGAACAAGGCCCUGGACUGGCUCCGGGGCAGAGGGGGAGCUGUGGGUGGGGAGAAGGACCCACCACCACCAGGGACCCAGGGAGUUGUGUACUUUGCUGAUGAUGACAACACCUACAGCCGGGAGCUGUUUGAGGAGAUGCGCUGGACUCGUGGUGUCUCAGUGUGGCCUGUAGGGCUGGUGGGCGGCCUGCGAUUCGAGGGCCCUCAGGUCCAGGAUGGCCGGGUUGUGGGCUUCCACACAGCAUGGGAGCCCAACAGGCCCUUCCCUGUGGAUAUGGCUGGAUUUGCUGUGGCCCUGCCCUUGCUGUUGGCUAAACCCAAUGCCCAGUUUGAUUCCACCGCUCCCCGGGGCCACCUGGAGAGCAGUCUUCUGAGCCACCUUGUGGAUCCCAAGGACCUGGAGCCACGGGCUGCCAACUGCACUCGGGUACUGGUGUGGCAUACACGGACAGAGAAGCCCAAGAUGAAGCAGGAGGAGCAGCUGCAGCGGCAGGGCCGGGGCUCAGACCCAGCAGUUGAGGUGUGAUGGCCCCACCCCAACUCCCACCUCUUUUCAGGCACAGAUCUUGUGGGACUGGACCCCGGGCCUUCCCAGGAUGUGGCUUUCCAAGUCCUGACUCUUUGGAGCCAGAAGUGGCCCCUCUGCCCCUCCAGGCCCACAGCAUGGCCCUGCUGCUUUGCCCCUCCCCCGGCCUGCCAUGUGGCACUGCCCACAGGCUGGGGACAAGCAGCCCUUGUAUUGAGCCAGGUCAGCCCUGUCUAGGGUGGAGUAGAAGGACAGACGGACUCAAGAGGGAGGGCAGCUGAGUAACUGGGUAACUUAUUGGGGCUGGGCAUGCACUGGGGGGCUGGAGGAGCUGGGCUGGACCCUCCCCACCUGAGCAUGCUGAUCCCCUCCUACCUUCAGAAUAAAGAAUCUCAACCU